AUGUUUUGCCAGCUGAAAGAGAGGCGAGAAGGGAAAAAGCUCCUGGAGAAGGGCUUCCUUUCUGACCUUCCGGGCCUUUCGGCGGGAGACUGCGCCGAGUGGAUUCCCAACAGCGCGCGAAACUCUUGCCUUCAUUGUGAAAGGCCGUUCACGCUGAUUUUGCGGCGUCAUCACUGCCGAAUGUGCGGAGAGCUGGUCUGCGGGCUGUGCUCCCCGCACCGAGUCCGCCUGGCCGAAGAGGGGAGACCGGAGAGCACCACCGCCGGAACCGCUGCCGCCGGCGAGGACGGGGACGGCGGCGAUGGCGUGCAAGGGCCGUCGUCCCGUCGCCGACACCACCGCCGUUCGAGACACGCGAGGGUGGGCCCCGAUGUCCACUUCUCCUGGCAGAUUGUUACCGUGGCUUCUUCCGCGACCCUCCAACAGCAAACCUACGGCAGUGGUGUGGAGAACGACGACGAUGUCGAGAGCUUGCUGCGUCGAAUGGGUGACGGCGGCGUCGGCAGUGUCGGCAGCGGCGGCGGCGGCGGCGGCGGCGGCGGAGGGGUUGUAAGUGCGAGGGGUUUAGUGCGGGACAACCGCAGAGGUGAUGCCGGCGCCGUUGCCAGCGGCGCGGGCGACGGUGGGGGUUCGGUGGAAAGGGUGGAGGAGGCGGCGUGCUCGAUGGAGGGUGUGCCCGGGGACGUGGUUCUGGAGGACGUUUUGGAGUGGGGUCGAAUACAGCGUCGUGCAUCCAAGAGCUGGGAGGUGGUGGGCGCGUGCCUCCUGAUAGUCGUGGAGAUGCACCACAAGAAGCUGCUCCAGUUACCUGACACUAUUUCUGGAUGGAACGGGGAAUUCGUAUGGAGGUUGCUGCUGUGCUUUUGCAGGAGGUUAACAAUCCCGGCCUCACAUACAACACACCUGCGCUCCCCCCCCCCCCCAGGUGGGAGUUCGAGCCUGGAGGGCGUCGAACGCGGCCCUCUAUUCGGCGGCAAGGCACACGGCUGCCGCUUUGGAAAGCACGCCUCCUCCUUCGUCUUCUACCGACGGCGGCUGUGGUAUCGGCGGCGGUGAUGGGAGAGGAGGUUGCGACGGGGUCGUCGGGCCGUCCACCAACGGCAACCGCUACCGAGAAGGCUCGUCCUCCUCGCGACCGGGGUCGCAACGAUCGUCGCCGCCGUCUGCGCCGCCUGGCCCUUCCUCCGCUGCUGCUGCAGCUGCUGCAGCUGCUGCAGCUGCUGCUGCUGCUGGCGCUACUAGGGAGGAGGCAUGGGCCUCCUGUCCCGGGGCGGUUGUGAGCGGGGCCGAGGCCGCGUUGUGGGCAGGCUUGGGCAGAGCGGGGUCGUAUCGUUCCUCGUCGUGGCUGUUGCUCGCGGCGGUGUUGGCGGCGGUGAUGUUCAGGAUGUGACAUCAGAUGGUCAUUGGUUGUUUUAUGUAGAUAUAUGUGCUUGAGUGUCUUGUGUCCGAAUAAAUCUUAUACGCCGCCGUUUCGGGUGUUUGUUGUGUGUAGCCUUGUUGUACUACGCUAGUUUUGUGUUUUAUCUAGACGUCAUUGAAAAUGAUAGUAAGUGUUCUAUGUGUGGUAGAAAAGACACGAAUCUGUUUCUUUCGUGUGUCAAAAGUGGGAGGCUCCGUGGAAUGCAAGAGGCAGCGGACAGGCCGGUGGUCCCCCGUGAUGGUGACUUGACUCUUUUUUUUUUCAGUGUUCCCCGCAGGUUUGCGCGUGACUUGGCUUUUCUGUGUUCCCGUAUGUGGGCGUGUAUGGAUGAACAACCGGUCGAGGAAUUGAAAACGAACGUUAUUCAGUGCUUGUGUCACGCACUCUGCGAUGACUUUUUUCGCGGACAAGUCCCCCUGCUUGAACCGCCUCCCACGGCGGGACGAUGGUAUGUGAUUCGGCCGACCAACAUGCGACACCAGAGGAUACAUUCUGAUUUUGUCUGUUUUUGUACCUCUUCGUUGUUGUCGCGGAACGAUCUUUGGAACCACGUAUUUUUUUUCCCGUAUCAUUGCUGUAUCCCCCCCCCCCCUACCGUGUUUCUCGAUGCCUCUAGCCUUCCUUGCCGAAGGGCGUGCAUCGCAGUGCAGUAGCACCACGGCGGCGUCAGUCUCUGCUAGGGUUCCCCUUUCUUACCGGUGCAUGUCAAGUACAAUCGGAAACUCUCGACUGCUGCAUCUUGAAGCACAUCGAUGGAAUGAAAUACGUAACAUUUUUAUUGCGUUCUUGUUGGUCGGUCGAGCGGCGAUCGAUGCGCCUGGUAGCUUGUAGGUAUGCACACGUGCGUGCGUUGAUUGGAGUCUGUGUGGCAUAUGUAUUGUAGGGGGCGUGACACCGGG